AUGCAAAAUAAUGCAGGAGAGACUGUCGUGGCGGUGGCAUCCUCAACUGGAUCAAAUCUUCAAAUCUCUACAGCUCCUCCCACCAUCACUGGCUCAAUGGCUGCUGUCAGAGAGUGGCUGAAAACUACUCCAUCUCCUGGUAGCAGCAAUGAUGAGGAAGAAACACCCACAACCACUGAUGUCGCAGCUGAACAGGAAGCUACAGCAAGAGCUCUACCUGGAUCAUGGCCAACACGACCCAUUCCAUCACCAUCAAUCUCAAUGUCAAAUCACAGUCCACGAGAGCUCGCAUCGUCUCCUCCGAUCGCUAGACUCCCCGCCGAUACACCGUCAGGUCACUCCGAUUCCAUAGACAUUGUCGCUCGAGAUACCACAACACCCACUACAUCAACUGUGAUCAGUGGCUCUCCAGGAACACCUACGUCGACAGAAACCAUCUUGAGACGAAAGGCAUCGUAUAGGGACGCUGCGGACUUGAUUGCACAUGCUGGAACAGGUGAUUCAACUAUAAUACGAACACCAUCAGUCAGCAAGCCUGUGACUGCUACUCGACAGCCAAGUCAGAAGUCAGCUAGUAGUGCAGCCAAGCGACAAAGUAGUAUAGUUGCUGCUGUAGGUGAAACUAUUGAUGAUGCGAGUAUCGCCGACAUAUCAGCUGCUGGUGAAGCCAAACAACCCAAAGCACCAAUAGAAAGAGCCAAUAGAGAUCUACCAACUCUUCCCGCAAACAUAGAAUCACCACCUGAUGCUGCAGCUUUGGCUGCAUCAUUAGCUUCCAAAGUCAACUUGGCACGACGAUUAUCAGCUUCUCAGCCUGAACGUUCAGCAUCGCUGCUGGCAGCUGCUGCUGAUCAAGAUAGUAGUGGCGUUGCAGUGGGGAUUGCAGCACAGCAAACAUCAACAACAGUGUCACCAUUGACUGCAUUAAGACCUGAAGCAGUCAACCUCUUUUCGGCAUUGGGACCACCACCAAGGAGGAGCUCUGCCGUCGCAUCCAUCAAUAUAAACAAUAAUGUCGUUUCCAUCAAUAAUAUUCCAGAUGGUAGCCUUCACUUGACUCAAGCAGCUGCCGUCAUGGAAAAACUGGAUAGUAACGAUACUCAAAAGCAAAUACCAUCUACCAUUGCAUCAUCAUCAAGUAAUAGUAAUAAUGAUAAUAUAAUCACAGCAGCAUCAUCUUCAUCAACACUUAUCCCACCUGAGAUGGUACCAACACCAAGCAGUAGCAGUAGCAACAGCAGUGCUCCAGCAUCACCAGCCACGACUGUAAAAGUUGCCAAUUUGAAACCAUCCACAUCCAAUAUUUCUAGUAGUAUUAGCGACUACAAUGCAGUAGCUCCAACUUCUCCUCCCGGUGCUCUGAGCAACCCACCAUCACCCAAUCUAUCAUCAUCUGCUCGUGGAUCUGGUGAGCGAUUGAGAGGUCGUGAUGUCAAAUCGCCACAUCGACAAUCGAUUAUAUCGGAUGUUGAUUCUGUGUCUGGAAUGGAGUCACUGAUCGGAGACUUGGCAGCUUCAGUCUCUGUAUCAGAUUCUGAAGAAGGAGCCCUAUCAGAAUUGGAUCCCUCAGAUGCCUACUCACUAUCCUCAGCUACAUUGGGUACACCAUCACUACCAGAACGUAUGGACUUGAUGAAGGCUCGAGCACGUAAAGCCAAGACAAAAGAAUCACAAUUCGAAGGUGCCAAAUUCAUUGUCGAAAAUGUACAGAAUCUACCCAAAAUCGACCAAAAGGCAUACUGUGAAGUGGCAGUCAAAACCUUGAAAAAGUUAUCUCAACAACAAAUGGCGGAAGCACAAUAUGCUCUUGCCAAUUUAUAUGUAUCGGGAAUCCCAGGCUUUGAAGAACGUCAUGAGCCCAAUUAUGAAAAGGCAGUCUCGUUGUAUGCUUCAGCAGCCAAGCAGAAUCAUGCUGAAGCGCUCUUCCAUUUGGGUCUGUGCUGUGAGAAUGGUGUUGGAACUAGGCAAUCAUAUGCUCGUGCCGUAACUUAUUAUCGAAAAGCCGCUUCCAGCAACCAUCCAGGUGCCAUGUUCCGUUUGGGUAUGUCCAUGCUUAGAGGUGAAUUAGGUCAGGCCAGGAACUAUCGAGAUGGUGUGAAGUGGUUGAAACUAUCAGCCAAGUAUGCCACUGCCAAAUAUCCGCAAGCCCUUUAUGAGUUGGCUUUAUUACACGAUCGUGGUGUAGCCCAUGUAGUAUUCCGAGACCACGAUUACGUUAUAGAAUUGUUGACCAAAGCUGCUGAUUUGGGUCAUGCACCAAGUCAAUUCAAACUUGGAGAGACAUACGAGUACGGGCAUUUCGGUGUUCGUGUUGAUCCUGGUGCCAGUGUGUACUUUUACUCAUUGGCUGCUGCUCAAGGGCAUCUAGAGGCCAUGUUUGAACUAGGAGGCUGGUAUUUGACAGGAGCCAACGACUCUGAAACAGGCUUUCAUCUCGAUCAAUCAUAUAGUGAGUCCAUGCGAUGGGUAGCUCAAGCAGCAUCACAAGGUCUACCUCGCGCCUUGUUUGCUAUGGGAUACUUUUACGAAAACGGUAUUGGUGUUGAACCAGACACGGCACAAGCAUGGGUAUGGUAUGAACGGGCAGCACAAAGUGGUGACCCGAAAGCUGUCAAAAAGAUGAUAGAACGACCCUCCGUAACACGACCAUCAGUUACAUCACCACCUACUACAACCACAUCAUCUUUAUCACCUCUACCAUCAGAACGCAACAAGUCUGGUGGUGGUAGUAGUAGUGGGAUUGGUUUAUUACGUCGAUCCAGUAUCAAUGUAUCAAACAACACUCUGGUCGCCACUACGAAUAGUAAUAAUAAUAGUAGUAAUACUGGGGCUACGUCUCCUCCACAAGCAACAAGUCCUGCUUUGAACAAGUCUGGUGUAAAGAUGGCUGAUUUGAGGGGUAUUGGAUUGGAAGGUGGACGACGAGCUAGUCGAUGCUCAUAG